CCACGUCCCUUGAACGGAAUCGUACUUGAAGUGCGCCCACCGCGCCACGCAAGGAGUCUCAUACUCGGAUUUGCAGCAUGGUGGCGUGGCGAGCUCUGGCGAUCGCGGUCCUCUUGGGCGUUGCCGCAGCCAAGAAGUCGGACUGCAACAAGUGCCACCGCACGUGGAAGCACCGAUCGGCGGCCAAGCACCACGCGUGGACGCGCGACGAGCAGGAGCUGGCGCUGCUGCCAAAGCACUUUGACUGGUGCGAGCAAGGCAUGUGCACCACGUCGUGGAACCAGCACAUUCCGCAGUACUGCGGGUCGUGCUUUGCGCACGGGUCGCUCUCGAGCGCCAACGACCGCAUCAAGAUCAUGAACCACAAGCUCGGUCUCCGCGGCCCCGACGUCAUGCUCGGGCGCCAGAGCUUCCUCAACUGCGCGCCAGGCCACGGCCUCUCGGACGGCUGCGGCGGCGGCGAGCCCGCGGACGUGUACGAGUUCAUGCGCGUGUAUGGCCUUCCGGACGAGACGUGUCUUCCGUACAAUGCGACCGACCACACCAAGUACACCAACGGCACGUGCCCACCCGAGGGCUAUUGCAUGAACUGCAUGUACACGCCCGAGAGCCCGGCUGUCGCCGUGUGUUUUCCAGUCACCAAGAUGGUCCGGUACCGUGCCAAGGAAUACGGGCGCCUGGAAGGCGAGGUAGCGAUGAUCAAGGAGCUCCAGAAGGGCCCGAUCACGUGCGGGAUCGCCGUGAGCUCCGGGUUCAAGUACGACUACGCGGCCGGCAUCUUCAACGACACGACCGGCUUUAUGGACAUUGACCACGACGUCGAGAUUGUCGGCUACGGCGAAGAGCACGGCGUCAAGUUUUGGAACGUGCGCAACUCGUGGGGUACCUACUGGGGCGAGAACGGCUUCUUCAAGAUCGUCCGCGGCAGCAACAACCUCGCAAUCGAGUCCGACUGCCACUACAUGGUGCCCGACAUCAGCGACGAAGAGCUCAUUUGGACCAAGAAGCCCGCGUACGGCGGCUCGAUCUACGGUCUCGUGCCCUUCAACGACGCGCGCUCCAAGAGACACCCGGUCACCGACACGUCCGAGAUCACGGAAGCGAACGCGACGCAGCUCACGUCCCACGAGAAACCCGCGCACACGACUGCGCACCGCACGCCCCACCCCGACGACAUUGUACCGCCCAAGCAAAAGGACGGUCUCCGGAAAGCAGAGGCCAAUCUCAUGGCGGUGGAGCCCCCGCCGUCGGUGUCGCUGGACAGCUACUCGCCCGCGCAGCUGGGGCUCGCCUUUCUCGGCGUCGGUUGCAUCGGCUUUGUCGCGAGUAUGGUCGCCGCCACCAAGCUUCGCCAAGCGCGGUACCAGAUCAUCGAGUAGAGAGACCGUGUAAACAUCCCAACGAAGCUCGCAUGAGCGUAGAUGUAAUUACGUAAUACCGGUUCCUAGUUGGCUACUAGGGCAAAGUGGCA